UGUAACCGCUUUCAAUAUGGCUUCCAAAGAAGUUAAAAAAGAACUGAAAAGUGCACGCGAGGCUAUUCAACAAAAAGAGUUUCAAAAUGCCAUAGCACACUGCAAAGCUGCGCUAAAGUUGGACAAAGUAAAUUAUAAUGCAUUCGUUUUUAUUGGUGUUGCAAGUCUUGAGCUUGCAAAGCCAGAGCAAGCUUUUUUCGCUUACAAAAAAGCUAUCAACAUUGAUCCUGAAAAUAUCUUAGCAUGGCAGGGUAUGGCGUCACUGCGUGAUAAAGAACCUGGAGUGAUACCCAAUGAUGAAAUCCCUAAUAUUUAUGGAAGAUUGAUGAAACAUUACAAUGCGAAGGAUUCCAAGAAAUGGUCGGAAUUUGCUUUAAAACUAUUUGAGUUCCACAGAUCAAUAAAACAAAUUGACAAGGCACUGAAUGUCCUUCAAAUUAUUCAAAAUCAUAAUGUCGAAGAUGAGAAGUUUGUUUUAUGUCAAUCUGUUGACCUUCUUCAUGAAAAUAAGGAAAACUUAACUUCAGCUCAAUUAAAUGAGUUGCUGGCCUUGUACAAAACACUUCUUCAUCCAGGAAUUUUGGAUUCUAAAGAAUUGCAGCGAUAUUUUCUUGACUAUACAAGGUUGCUUCCAAAAGAUGAUAGCAUUACAAUUAAAGAUACAUUAGUUGAAGCAGUGCGACUGAAAGAUGUUUUUGGUGCAAAUGAAUUAACUCUCAAUUUUCUGGCAAAGCUGUUUCUUUCGCAAAUUGAUGAAUUUGAUCCAUAUGAGGCAGAAGUAUAUGAGGAAUUGUCGUGUCUUUGUGAUGAAUCUAGUUCACCUCUUGCCCUUCUUGGUGCUGGAAAGCAAAAACUGUUUGCCAAGCAAUAUCAAAAUGCUGAAGAAACUCUUGAAAAAGGUCUAGAACUUCUCUCAACCUCCUCUAUUGGUUGGUGUUUUUAUUCACAGUGUCUUAUUGGUCAACAUAAGUAUACUGAGGCUGUUAACAGUGCUGACAAAGGUUUAGCUAUUUUAAAAGAUGAUCCUAAUGCAUAUAGAAGUGAUUCUAUUUCCCUUUCCUUGAGCUUGUGCAAGGCAAGAGCAUGCUCUCAUUUAAGAAAAGAAGAUAUUUGUACAGCGAUCCAUAUUCUAGAAGAGUUGUUGGGACUUGAUCCAGAAAAUUGGGAGAUUCUUAUUACACUUGGCAGGAUAUUUGUCAAGAACAAAGAUUUAGAUCGUGCAAAAGAGCUUUUAGUACGUGCCAGCAGCGUUGCGAAGUCGUUUUCAUGGAGGUAUUGUCUUUUGGAGGGUGAAAUUUACGCCGCCGAGGAGGAAUUUGAAAAGGCUGUUGAAAGUUAUCUACUUGGCGUCGAACAUGAAGAAAUUGCAUCUGAGUGUUAUCUUAAUCUUGGGAAGAUUUACUGGAAAAUGGGCGAAGUUUGGCAAACGAAUAAGGAAAAAUGGCUGCAGUUUUUGUUGAAAGCGGCCAAAAUGGACGUUUUCAACCCGAUCACAUUCUUCUAUCUGGGUCGUUAUUACGAAAAAGACGGAGUGAAUGAUAGCAAAGCUAUGAAAUGUUACAAAAAAGCUCAUUCUUUGAACCCGUGUUCCGAUGAGAUUGCUGAAGCACUGGUGGAUGUUUACAUGAAGUUGGGGCUUGAGGACGAGGCUGCUGAAGUUUGCCGUAAAUUCACUUCAAAAACUAAUGUUUACAGGGUUAAAUGGGCCGUCCUUAGGCUUGGUUUAUAUUGUCUUAAGAAAGAAGAUUACAAUGGUGCUGUUCAUUGUUUUCAAGAUGCGUUACGGAUGGAUACGAACGAUUCAACAACCAUGGAAUGCCUCGGCGAGGCGUAUAUGGGUCGUGGUAGCUACAAUCCAGCACUUGCUUCAUUCAUGCGUGCAGUUGAGCUGAAUCCAUCGUUGCUGUACUCUAAAUACCAGAUUGCCGCCCUGAAGCAUCUUUUAGGUGUUUAUGAUGAAGCUGUUGUGAUGUAUAAGUGUAUUUUAACUGAGCGCAGUGAUUAUGUUCCUGCUUUAAAAGGUCUUGGUACAACAUACAUAUCCUAUGCAAAGUCUUCGUUACUUAAAGAUUUUCAUGAUCGAGCUGUUGAGCACGUACAAUGUGCAAUAUUUGCUCUUGCUCGCGCCAUAGAAUGUGAUGGCCAUCUUUCUUGUCUAUGGAAGCCUUUAGGGGAUGCGUGUUCGCUUGUUUUUAACGUUCACGAAAGUAAAGUAAGACUCGACUUACCUGAAAACCUGCGAACAUUUCUGAAGCUGGAUAAAGAAACUACAGUCACUAAGAAAGAUAUUAUUUGCCUUGCCGCAAGUUCUUUUGGUCAGGCUGUGCGCUUUAACUCUUUUUGUGCAAGUCUCUGGCACGAUGUUGGCUUAAGUAAUUAUAAACUAUCUACGAUGCAUAAAGACACUAACGAAAGGAGAAAACUCUGCGAACGGUCAAUGAAGGCAUUAAAGAAAGCUUUGAACAUGGAACCGUCAAAUUAUAUAAUCUGGAAUACUCUUGGCAUCGUUGCUGCAUCAUAUGAUGUAUACGAUCCUGAUCUAAGUCAACAUUCAUUUAUCAAAUCAAUCCAAGCGCGGAAAAAUCCAAUGGCAUGGACGAAUCUUGGUGUUCUGUAUUUAAGAUAUGGCAAAGCCAAUAUGGCGAACCUUGCAUUCAAUGCUGCUCAAUGUAUUGAUCCCACGUACACACAGGCAUGGAUUGGGCAAGCCACCAUUGCUGAAAUGUAUGCGCUUCCUGAGGCCAUGGACCUUUAUCGUCACUCUUCUGAGUUGGGUGCGCAUGUGGAAGCUUAUAUUGGUUUCUCUCACUGGGCAUGUCAAUCUUUGCUGUUAUCAAAAGCUAACGAAACAUCGCGUAUUUUGAAAGGAAAACCAUAUGCUGACUUAUCGCACCUAACUAAGAAACUUGGAAAUAUUGUCAUCGCUGCCUCUGAUGCUCUUAGCAAAUACACAGAUCAAAUUCAUAACAACUCAUGUGCGUAUAACAUGUAUGGGAUUUUAUUGGAGCAUCAAAGGCUUUAUGGUCAAGCUGAAGAAGCUUAUAAACGUUCCUUGGGACUGUUGGAAAAUAACGUCACUCCUAACAAUGAUCACUGUAACAUCGUAAGAGCAAAUUACGCUCGAGUUUUAUCUUCAUUGGAGAAAUGGUCAGAAUCGAUUCAUACAUAUCAACAGAUCACCGCCAUGAGUGAUUUUUAUUGCGUCGUGCGUCUGGCGUUGGCAUAUUUAAAACUUGGGGACUUGAAUCAAAGUUGUCACGCCUACGAACAGGCUUUUCAGUUGUCUUCAAACGACUCUCUAAAGUCGAAUGUUAAAGCAGCAUUGGGGAUGCUUGGGUACAUGUUGGGUGAUAUUGAUGUCAGCAAACAGGUUUUGUUCAACAGUUCCCAGUUUCAACCAGCCAGUGAGCAUGGACUUCUUGCAAUCAGUGUCCUAGGCCUUAUAACUUCCGAUCUUACUUUGGCGGCUGCAGCUUUAACGGAACUCGUAAAGAUCGGGGAGAAAGGUGAUGAAAAUCUUGUUGCUGAAGCUUGCUAUCUUUUUGCCUGUUUUUACGCGUUUCAGAACACACCCAAGACGGGAAAGACUUACAUCGUAAAAGAAAUUCACAGACGACCCUACAGCAGUUUGCUGUGGAAUGUCCUCGCAAAGUUCAUCAUUCGUUAUCAACCAAACCAACUUAAGGAAGCUGGAAGAUGCGCUGAAGCCGCUCACAGGUUGGGUGACAAAAAUGUCGAGGAUGUCUCUACAAUGCUUGCUUAUUCCAACAUUGGUAAAAGGUCAGGCUUCAGCAAAGAGGCCGUUGUAUCUACUCAAAAAGCGCUACGCAUGAGACCCGAUUGUCUCGUAAACUGGUCUUUACUCUCAGCUGCGUUGUCCAACUCCACAAAUGAGACUGGGGGAAGAUUUCGAAAGAAAGCAACUUGUAAAAAUAUCACAAACUUUGCACUUACGAAAGCUAUUCAAGAUGCGAACCAAACUGAAAACGAUCAAAGACGUUUGGAGAAGAGGAAUGAAAAUUUUCUGCAAGAACAUCAGAAAUGGUUAGCUCUACAAUAUGGUUACUGCUUGUAUAACUCACGAAAAUUUCAAGAUACCAUCGAACAUUGUCAACAGGCACUUGAAAUUUGGAACAAGGAUUCAGCAUUUCAGAGCAAAAUCCAACUGCUGUUAGUUCAAGUCAAUAGUCACAUCGUGGAUGUUGAGUCGUGUCUUCAAGAUAUAAGAAUUGUCUUGGAUUUUAAUGCAGAGAGUUCCUACGCUUGGAUGUUUUCAGGUCUUUUCCAUGAGGAAAGUGGUUUGAUUAAAGCUGCUGAAUUUUGUUAUAAAAACUCAUUACAAGUGUCCAGCAAGAAAGGAUAUCGUCAUGGUCAAGUUUGUUCUUUGCUUCGUUUGGCUCAUCUUGCUCUACGACAGGCGAUGAUAAAGGAUAAUCCAAGUCAUUAUAUAGAGUUAGUUAUUGAAGCUGUUCAAGAGACUUUAAAUCUCGUUCCUAAUUGUUCCGCCGCGAAUAUUAUGUUGGGAAUUGCCCAUUAUCUUCAAAAUCAUAUCAGAGAAAGUAAAGAUGUGCUUUGUUUGGCUGACAAUGACUUUGUAAGGUCCCGUUGUGCAAGUGUUAUCAAUUUUUUCUCGGUUUUAUUGAAUCUCAAGAAACCUAAAAAGGGUGAAAAUAUCGAAGAUAUUGCAAAUAAUGCACUAUGUGGAAACGUAGGAGGCUCUCUUCAAGAUAUCUUGAUUUACUUCAUUGCUCUCAGUUGUAAAGAUUUGCAAAGAAAGCAACUCUUGAUGAAAUGUAUUCACAUCAAUCCAAAGUACAACAUGGCUGUUACUGCCUUUAUGGUUUCCUUCUCUGUAGUCUUGUUUCUAACAUGCAUUAUUUUGGCUUCGAUAUUUUAUCUUGUUCGAAAAAAGCGACAGAGUACGAACGUCGUCUACAAACCUAUGCUACGAACUCCGCCAUUGCCAAUGACUUCAGGUCUUUUGCGUUUAAAAACCGACUACAACGAACGAUUUUCUAUGGACUAUGAUGACGCACAGGCUGUGAACCGCUGGAGUUUUAGGAGACAAACUGAUGAUAGCCUUGCAGACGAUCUCUCAGAGUACGAAUACACAGAACAACAAAGCAGUUCUGUUCCAUCCAAUUCUUCUAGUGAUAAUAUCUUUUUAAGCAAUCACGAGGAUUUUUACAACGACAUACUCACCUCAAGCAGCUCAACGUCCAACAGUCCCGAUAUCAACACGCGAUCGUGUGUUCUCAACUUUUCUAUUCAGUACGACUACAUUCAGAAGUCGUUGAACGUUGUUCUCGUCAACCUCUUGUGGCCUCCGAAACAAAAGAAUUCCUCUAAAGGUGUUCUUAUUGUUACUCAACUUUUCAACUCUUUGGAGAAUGCAGAAUCCAAGGAUUUCAACACCCCACACAAAUCUGAAUUAAAGCCUUACUCGAGCAACGUAAUUUUCAACCAGCAAUUUAAAUUUGAAUCACUGCAAAGCGAUAAACUGAGUGAUCUCUCUUUACGUUUGUCAUUGUGCUCAUAUGAUCGCUUUAGUCGUGUGCAGUCAUUUGGAGAAUUCAUCGUUGACCUUAGUGACAUUAAUAUUGAUGAACUUCGUCCUUUGGUACUCAAGAAAAAUAUGCUACAGAUCAACUCGUCUACUGAAACGGAAGAAAAAGAUGGAGGGGAAUUAUCCUUAUCGCUACGAUAUCAAAGGGGAACCAAGAGGAUUUCAGUGAUAGUUUUAAAAGCGACUAAUCUUCGAAAGCCAAGAAAAUUUGUGACAAAUGAUUUUUAUAUCAGUAUUAAACUGCUCCAUAAUGAUGAACUUGUUGUGAAAAGAAAGACACGAACAAGAAAAGGAUCGUUUUCGGCUUGUUGGAACCAACCGUAUGCCUUCGACCUCGAGGAAGACGAUCUUGAUAACUAUAUGUUGAUUUUCACCGUCAAGGCGAAAGAUAUCUUUGCGUCUGCAACAAAGCUGGGUGUUGUGCAUAUUGGUGCGCAUGCGCAGUCUUCAGGAGAGGAACACUGGAGGGAAAGCGUUUGUUGUAAGAACAACACAAUGAGACAAGUCACAAGGACUCAUAAAUUAUUUUGAGUAAAGAAACGAUGAAGACAUCACAGUUUGCCGAGUUUUAAAAAUGACAAGUUUCUUUCGAAAUGAUGUGAUCAUUUAGGAUGUGAUCGUAGACUUGUCUAAUAUUGGGAUUGGUGGGUGUUUAUUUAUGCUACUUAAAAAGAUUGUUAUACAGAGAUUAAUUAAUUGUAAAUUUCAGAGGAUGGUUUUUCCAAAAAAAAGCAUUCAAUUAGUUUAGAAUUUAGUAAA